AUGUCCGAACCCGCUGCCGCCACAACCACCGCCGGCUCGGUGAACCACCAGAGAACGCAAUUGCACAAAACGGUUUCGGCCGUUUCGAAAGACUCCAAGUGGGUCUCCCCUUUCAGAGUGUCAGGCGCCGUCGGCCCGAAGGUGAAGAGCAAGAACCCGGCAAACCACUCGUCUUACAUCAGUGCGGGCAGCAUUCCUGUCGUUGCGAAGCCGGCUGAAGAGGAAGCAGCACCAGCAGAAACAGCUGAGGCAGAGGAGGAGGCACCGGCAGACACUACUGCAGAGGCAGCAGAAGGUGUUGCAAACGCCGAGUAUGACGAGGAAGCCCCAAUCGAUGAAACCGAAGAACCCUUGGAGCCUACAGCCACCACCGAAGACGCUGCUGAAGAAGCCGAAGAGCCAAUUGGAGAAGAUGCCGCCGAAGCGGCAGCUCCGGAAACCGAGCUAGCAGAAGGCGAAGAGGCCACUGAAGAAGAAGAGCCUGCAGCUGCACAACCAGUUUCCGAAUUGGCAGCAGCAACAAAACCAAAGGAGAAAAAGACUCUUCCUGCUAUGCAAGAAGUCCCAGCAUUGAUUAAGAGCCAUCCUAAAAUGUUACGCAGAUACAAGGACAACUUCAACAUCACCUCCCAGAUCAUGAACAAAAACAAGAUCGAGAACUUGGACCGCCGCGUCAACCUUGGAGCCGGUUUGAUCUUGACCGAGGAGCAGAUCUACGAGUUGGCAAGAAAGAAGUUGGAGCCUUUGAUGAAACAGAUUGACGAGCGUGUCGCCGAAAACAAUGCCCGUGAUGCGGCUGCCGCAGCCAAGGUUGAAGAAGGUAUCAGAUUGAACGACGAAGCCGUUGUCGCCAAAGAAUUGUCCCAGUACAAGUCAACUGUCGAUGCGAAAACUAAAUCAGUCAAGGCUGACCACGAAAAGAAGAUGAAGGAGCUCGCAGAUAAAGCCGCAAAGUCUAAAUCCGAUACCGAGAAGCACAUUCAAAAGCAGAAAGACGGGAUUGUCAAGGACAAGGAGGACGCCGAAAAAGCCGAAGAAGAUGCAGCCCAGAAGCACAUCACCGACAAAGAGACUUUGAUUGAAACUGCGGAUAAGUUGAAAGAAGACAAGACCAAAGAGUUGGAAGAUGCAAAGGCAAAGCAAACCGAAGAAACUGAACUGGCCGAGAAAUUCCAAACCGAUGCCACCGAGUUACAGUCGAAGCAAGUUGAUCUGCAAUCUGAGCUGGACGCCAAAAAGGCCGAGCUAGAGGAAAAGAUCAAGAAGGUCGAGGCCCUGAUUGCUGCGAAGCAUGAAAGGAAGGAAACCAUCCGUUCUUCAAUCAAGAGAAGAAAGGUUGCUGACAGAUCCUUCAACAUUAUUGAUGCAAAGCAUACUCAAGCGGCUGCCAACGUUGCUGUUCUCUCGAACCAAGUUGGUUUAUUGAAUGAUAGACUUGCUGCUCAUUCCACCAAGAUUGACCAUUUCAAUACGACCGCCAAAGACACUCUGACUUCAAAAAGAGCAGAAGCGAAGAAGGCUUCAGAAGAUUGGGAAGACCAUCUGGCUCAAGUGAGACUGGAUGAAGCCAAGAAACAGGAGCAAAUAAGAAUUGCAGCUGAAGAAGAGAGAAAGAGAGUUGAGCAAGAAAAGCUUGAAGAAGAGGCUAGAUUACAAAAAGAAAAGGAAGAGGAAGAGGCCCAGAUCGCCAAGGAGAAGGAAGAAAAGGAAGCCCAACUUGCUAGGGAGAAGGAAGAGGAAGAAGCUAAGCUUGCUAAGGAAAAGGCAGACGCUAAAAUAGCUGCCGAAAAGAAAAAGAAAGAGGAAGAAGAAGAGGCUACUAGAGUUGCUGAGGAGGUGGCAAGAAUGAAGAGACUGAAGGAGCUGAAUGAAGAAAAAAUCAAGCUGCAAAAGUCUCUGGAUGAACAUAAGAAGGCGGAAGCCGCUGCUUCGGCAAAUGCAAAAGACGAGUCGGAAAAGAAAUCCAAGUCUUCUGAAACAUCUUCUUCCGGGGCCGGGAUACUAGCAGGUGUUGGCGCUGCCAUGGUUGGUGCUGCUGCUACUGGUACCGCAGCUGCAGGUUCUGCUGCUUCAGGUGUUGCAGGUAGCAUUGGAAAUCCUUUAGGUUCUUCAACAUCCGGAGCACUUCCUUCUUAUCAGGAGGAACUUGCAAAAUCCGACGUUGGUAAUACAGGUUCUUUUGGCUCUAACAAUCCAUUUUACUUAGGUGAGUUCAACGAUAAGAAGGAGGAUGAUCUUCCUUCCACCAUCCAUGAAGAGGAGGAAGUUGAAGCCGCUUUACCGGUCGGUAAAGAUGCAACGAAACUGGAAAAAUUAGCUACUCCUGUCGCUACAAAGCAGGUCGAAAAAGUUGAGGAAGAUCCAUUGAACGAUAAUGUUACUAUUACAGAAAAGGCUGCUUCUCCUCUCGAAACUGCAGCUUCAGAACUUCUCGUUGCCGAUGAUGAAGAGCCUGUUUCUGAAGUCGAGAAGUAUCCUAUUCCUGCGGAAAUGAAGCCAGCAGAUGAUUCUGCGCUGACUUCUGCAACAAGAAGAAGAUCGAUGGUUGACGAAGCAAUUGCUCAUAUGACUCCUGCAGAACUUGAGAGAAUGAACACUCCUUUGUCCCAGCAAAUCAAGAAUAAGGAGCCUACGACUCCAACAACUGCAGAAGGUAGAUCGAGAUCAAACUCCUUGUCCAAGUCUAGAUCAAACUCCUUGACUUCAAAAUUCAAGUUUAAAAAAUCAGGAUCAAAGACAAAGUCGAGGUCUAAUUCGAUCAAGAAUGAAACCCCAAAGCAGACAGUAACAGCCAAGAAGAAUAACCCAAAGUUAGCUAAAUCUACUACCUCAAAAGCGGCAGCACCUGUAUCAACUGCUGGUACAGCAGCUGCCACUUCUUCUCCCACCGUUCCAGCUACUCCAACUAUUGAAUCGUCAUCUGCUGUUGCUCCUGUUCCAACUACUCCUGCCUCAGCUGUGAGUAUUGCUCCAUCUGGUCUUUCUGAAGCUGCAGAGGUUUCUGAAGCAAAGGCAGUUGAAAUCAAGCCAUCAACUGAUGAAUCCCCUGAAAAAGUUGCUUCUGGUGGUGGAGAACAAGAUAGCUCCGAUGAUGAUGAUGAUUCCGACCUCGCUCCUACAACGGUUAAUCCUGUUUUCACUGAAAAGAUUGGUACUACUGAGACUGCACCUACAACUGCUAACACUGAGCCAGCUGCAGAUGCGUCAAACUAUGUUGAAGUUUCUACUCUGGAGACAGUUAGCAGCAACGAGUACAAGCAAAACAAGGAUGAUCCUAACUACAUGGUUUUACACUCUUAA